AUAAGCUGCAAACAACUAAGGAUUUGCAACUAGAAUUGUACCCUCUCACCGAACUUCACUCUCUCCCAGCCUUAAUAAAAACCCCCCCUCUCCUCCCUUUCACACAUAUCAAGUACACUUUCAACUUCAAGCACCACUAUCACUAUUGCAUUUCCAGAUUUCCAGAGAGAAUAAAAAGUCCACCUCUCAACAUAAACUACAAAGAUGACUAAACAGACUGUCUUUUCCUUCUCACUUGUACUUAUUUUUCUCUUCCAUUGCACCAAAACUAUAGCCCAGACUCCCGAUAUCCUCAAAAUCCUCGACAAGCCGGGUGAGUUCACCGUCUUUAUCCGCCUCUUAAAGAGCACUGGAAUGUCUGACCAAAUCAACGGGGAGGUCCAGAAAUCAACCAGUGGCUAUACUGUUUUUGCUCCAAAUGAUAAGGCAUUUUCAGACCUUCGAUCGGGCACUAUAAAUUCUCUCACUGACCUACAAAAGGUCCAACUUAUACAGUUUCAUAUCUUAGCAACUGGUGUUACUCUGUCAAACUUCCAAACUUUGAGCAAUCCAGUGCCGACCCAAGCCGGUGGUAUAGGCAAAGGUGAGUUCCCACUGAAUGUGACUUCUUCCGGCAAGCAAGUUCAGCUUGCCACAGGCGUUGUCAAGGCCACACUAGGCAAAACGUUAUACUCAGAUGAUAACUUGAUUGUUUAUCAAGUGGACAAAGUGCUUCUUCCACUGGAUAUUUUUAGUGGUUAUGAGCCUACAGUAUCGGCACCGGCAGAAAGUCCUCCUGUUGCUACUAAAGUGAAUGAGUCCGGUGCAGAGAGUCUCAUCCUGAAUGGAAUGUGGUUGUACAUUGGAAUGGCUGUGAAUAUUGCAGCAUUUUCUUUGUGACCAAAGGAAUACUUUUUUUUGGUUUAUUUUUGUUUUUUACCUUUUCUUUUUUGGUCGGUAGAGAAGUUGAUGGUAUGUACACUAAGGUGGGCAUACUGUUGGUGGGGUUCACUUGUCUUGUUCUGUGUGGUUUUACUGAGUUGGAUUGACUGGUCGUGAUGCACUGUAAGUGCUUUCCAUCUUUCCCCGUUCCAUUUGUACCAUGCCAUGCCAGUUUCAGAAGGCAAACCAAUGCUUUUUUUUUUUGUUUUUGAACCAAUGCUGGUACUGUUGAACUU